AUGUCAGCCGGGUCGGUCUUUGCCCAUGAGAGUCAAGGGCAAUAUCAAGGCCUCGUAUCACAAGGUAGUCAACUCAGUACUACGGGACAUCCAGAUGCACAGUUCCAUCCCGGAUUCGUCGGUUCCAGCAACUUACCAAACUCUUCUGCCCUCAACGUAUUACCCUCCUUUCAGCCAUCGCUGCUCGGCUCAGCCGUCGAGACCCCGCAAAGUUCCUUCUUGACGGUGUACAACACCUACCCAUUUGUACCCGACUUUAGUGCAACUACCACUUCCGAGCCUGGAAAUUCGUCAGUACGGGACAGCGACACGUCGCAUCUCCCCAUGUCAGCUGGCCAAGCCGCGGUCACAGUGACCAGUGGGCAAUCCUUUGAAGAAAUGGGCGGAGGCGAGAUAUAUCUCUCACAGCGCUGCAAGCCUGAUAUUUACACACAGCUUGCUUUCCAACAGACAGCGCAAAAUUUCGGUUCUGCACAGCCUCCGCCGAUGGUCACAGAGUCCCUGCCGAACAACCUGAAGUUGCUACCAUCCACAGAGAUGGAGCUGAGCGGCAAUGUCUUGUCUUCACAACCAGUGGUGUCGGCAGUGCCAGCAGUCCAACCCAUACCGCGGGAAUCCACUGGGGAAGCUGCGCAACACUGGACAACAAAAAGCUCCAAAGACCAAGCUGAAGCAGCAUCCGACAGCAGCUGUCCGAGCUCGGCCAGUGAAAAGAACUUCAUGCAUCUAGUCAAGAAGCGUGGCCCAUUUAACUUGCAGAAGCGUAAAGAAACGGCCGAGACCCGAAAGAGGAAAGCAUGCCUAAGGUGCGGGGUCCAGAAGAUCCGAUGUGACGCAGAUCAAGAUGAAGUUGAAGGCUCUUGCAUCCCAUGCCAAAGCUUCUCCAGAGUCUCAAAGAAAACCCUCCAUCGCGUCUCGUGCUUUCGUGGCAAGUUAACAGACGUGGUACUUUAUCGAAAAGGCGGUCUGAAUCUCACGAAUCGAUGGAAGGGCACUGAAAUGAAAGACGUCGGCGAUCGAGUUAACACCGACAUCCGAUCGAUACAGAUAACAUUAGGUAUCAGCGACAAGCCAAUCGAGAUCAAAGUAGUCCGAUUCCGAGCCGCUGCGACGGAUGUUGUUGCCCGUUUUUGGACGGUGAGAGAGGGUGAGCGAGGAGACGAAGUCAAAAAAAAGAAGGACCUGGAACCGUAUUGCCUUGUCGACAUCUGGGCUACGGCGUCGUACUUUGAAAAAUACAUUAUUGACAAUGCCAUUGCGACCUUGGUAAAGCAACACACGCCACACAAAGUAUUGCAAAAGACGCCUGCAGGGCAGGAUGUUAUUAAGAGAACAUACAUUGCGGCAGUGAACUACUACUUAGGACUGGAUGACGAGGUUAUAGGUCCGUCGGGAAAGAUUGCCAACCCUCAGAAGAGGCUCUUAGGAAACCUUUUUAUACUUUGGCACGCAAAUCGGCACACCACCGGAUCAGCCUAUAUAUGCGGCAAAGAAACUCUCGGCAUGAGACCUGAGCUAAAGGACGAAACAUACCCCCUGUUCGGCAAAGUUUCCGUUCCCCGAAUGAUCCUCGCCCAGUUCGACAGUAUCAACCACUGCAAACUUCUGUCAAAAUAUGGUCAAAGGGUCCUCCGUGACCUGGAAAUAUUCAUCUUUAGGAACCAGUCGGUCUUUUGGUGGCCAAUAUACCUUACUGUCUUCAUUCUACUACACGAAGCGAGCCACAUGACUGCGGACAGUAUCGAUACUCCAUACCGAAUUUUGUGGAAGAACUUCAAGAAGGAUGUAACAAUAUCCUCGUUCAUUUGGCACUACUACAACUGCUAUCCCUGGGGGAAACCAGACGACCCGUGGGAGCGACACAAGCACUUCAUGUCUGAGCUUACAGCAGAGCAGCACGACUUGGUCAUGGACACGUUGACGGAUAGGCGGGUGCAGAAGCAUCUUGCAGUAUCGGCGAGGUACAGGCAAGAAAAUGGAGUGAGAGAAAAGCCGGUCAUGCCGCCAAUGGGUAAACAAGCAACACCAUACAUGGGCUCACAGAGCCACUUUGAUUGGGAUCACCCAUUCUACUGGAUAGCGCAGAUGUUUGAAGAGCGGUGGCAACCACGCCCGACGUACCAGCGGGAGUAUAUCAGUUGA